GGCAAUUCCCAGGCACAAACCCUAGUCAUUAGCUAAUGGCUACGGUAAAACAUCACUGACAUGGCUGCUGACGGUCGGCGGCCAUGCAUAUGCCAACAUCGAUCAGACUUUGUUUGCGUCAAGACUUUACUUGCAUUGUGCACUACUGGUACCUACGUAAGGUAAACAGAGGUUGUCUGGUCUUGGGCAAUCCGAUGCUUCCAUGAUACCCAAGUACGGAUACCCCGCUUCUACUGCGCUUUGCCACCCCACCAAAAACAUAAGAAACUCUCAGGAACAAGCAUUCCACAAACACAGCGAACACUUGAGCGUGUAACUAGUAGUAGGUAUCACCAUGGCUGAACCAAGUGAGCCUGCCGCAUCAUCAGCGGCAGCCAAGGCCGAACCGAUGUCUUCCCGACCGCCACUGCACACCGUCCUGCCGCCCUUGGUCCUCGGCACAGCAACAUUCAACCAGCAGUAUGUCCCGGACCCGCACUCGAUGCCGUACCACGACAUCGUCGCCCGCGCCCUCUCCCUCGGCGUCAACGGCUUCGACACGAGCCCGUACUACGGGCCCUCGGAAACCCUCCUGGGCAACGCCCUCGAGGGGCUCAUGCACCCGGAUGCCUCGGAAUCCAACCCCAACCCGGUGGUGCCGCUCCAGCGCUCCAGCUUCUUCCUCGUCACCAAGGCAGGGCGCAUCGCCUCCUCCGAGUUCGACUACUCCCCCUCCUGGGUGCGAUACUCGAUCCUCCGCAGCCUGCAGCGCCUCCACACGCGCUACCUUGACCUGGUCUACAUGCACGACGUGGAGUUUGUCUCAGGAGCCGAGGUGUUGGCGGCCGUGCGCGAGCUGCGCAGGCUGCGCGACGAGGAGGGCGUCGUCCGGUACGUGGGCAUCAGCGGGUUCCCUGUUGAGGUGCUGUGCGAGCUGGCGGAGAUGAUUUUCGCCGAGACGGGGGAGCCGCUGGAUGCGGUGUUGAGUUACGGGCAUUUCACCGUGCAGAACCGGAGACUGGGGCUGCCGUGGGUCGAGGAGGAGGAGGAAGGCGGGCGUGGGGCGAGCGGGAGGGAAGGAUCGCCGCUGGCGAGGCUGAAAAGCGCCGGCGUGGAUGUCGUGCUGAAUGCUAGCAUGCUCGGCAUGGGCUUGCUCACGAGCAAGGGCAUACCUGCCGACCCACAGAGCAAUGUGGAGACGGGCGAGACGGCCUCUCCGGUGGCGCAGUGGCAUCCCUCGCCGCCCGAGCUGCGUCGGGCUUGUAAAAAGCUCGCCGAAGCCGCGGCAGAAGCAGGGGAGCGUUUGGAGUCGGUUGCAAUACGCUGGUCGCUGGCCGAGUGGGCUCGCAUUGGGGCGGUUGCGGGUUUCGGCGUCGACGUUCUUGUGCCUGGCGGCGGGUCCUGCAAGGUCGGCACAACCGUAUGCGGCGUCUCAUCCGUUGCCGAACUUGAAGAGACGGUGGCGGAAUGGCGUGGAGCUCUUGAGAGCCUCGGGCAACCGGGAAAGAACAGUGAUGAGGCGUAUGGCUUGGCACGCCAGGAGAAGGUGUUGCAUCUUGUCCGAAAGGUCUUGUGGCCCGCGCUGGGCUCUUGGUUAGAUUAUGUCUGGGAAAGCCCAAAACCUGGCUACGUGAAUGCCAGGCGAGAAUCGGAGCGCGGAGUUGUUCCGGAUGAUGGAGUUGUUGCUGCGUAUGAGCAGGCAAGGCAGAAGACAAGGUAGCCAACAGUGCGAAGACCGUGAAA